AUGCCUUUCUUGUAUACCCCGAUGGGCAGGAAACCACGCCAAUGCUCCGGGGCCUACCACACUCCUCCGCAUGCCAAAGCCUGCAUGCUUGACUGGGUAAAUACCUUGGAAGCACUGAGCCUAAGCCGAGUCCCGACAACGAAUCAUCAGUACAGUGUCAACAAGAUGGGCCGUCGAUCCCAAAAGCCACAAACAAGCGGGAAUAAGGACACUUGCGAUAUUGGAGUCCUGCUCCAACGCACCCCGGCCAAGAGAGCAUCUCCCAACCCAGACCCGGAGGUCUACUCCACGUGCUCUGACAUGCCCGUGGUCACACCGACGGACCGAUGGGGCACACUGAGAUCUCUGAUGGCAGUCCACAACGGGGCCAUGGCGAAACUGACCUCUCUAAUGGAAGCUCCCUCCUUCCUGCGCUCACCGGGACUCUCCCCACAGCCCAUGCACACUGCGGAACCCUCCAACUUCCACAGAUGGGACCCUGCUAGGUCUGUCCCGUUCAUGCCACGCUACGGAGAAAGACUGGGGGCAGCCACCUGA